GACCCCUCCAGUGUUGGUGUGGCCCAACAUCUCACCAAUACAGUUUUUAUUGACAGAGCUUUGAUAGUAGUGCCAUGUGCGGAAGAUGACUAGACUGGCCCAGCUGUUACACUACACUAGCCUGAGUCAGGCAUUGUUUUCCAAGCCACUAUCCCCGAUCGGGCCAACGCAGCCUUCAAGGGGGGAAUGUGACCAGGAGAAUAGCCUGCUGAACCUUCCAAGAUGGACACCUUGUCUCUUUUUAUUUAUUUAUUUUUUUCUUUUGGUUUGUUUCCUUUCAUACUUUCCCAUGUUGUCUACUGUCUCUAUCUAGAAACUACAGUAUUGCUUAUCUCUAGCUUUGUGUUUAUAUUUGUUAUUUUGGUUUGUUGUUUUGAUUAUUGUCCAACCCCCCACCCCCCUCUCUCUCUCUGCUACAGCUGCAGCUUGUGUGUGAUUGAAUUCUGUCCAGGUUGCUACGGCAUACCGGUGGGAUGUGUAUCACACAUGGGAUGCUAAGAGGAUCACUAACACUUAACUCUCUUGUCACCUACUCCUGUUGUCAUAGUGAGGGGCUAGACAUUAUAAAAGUGAGACCCAGUAGAAUAUUUUAAAUUCUAUUUGCGCUUUUCACCUGUGCUGAAAUCUGUAGUAAAAGGUUUUUUUUUCCCUCACAUUACAGCUCUGGUAUGGAUGUUUAGUAUUUAAUAAGUCACUCUCCAUUCAACAUCAUUUUCUCUUUUAACUUAGAAAUGCGUGACACAUGCAUUAAUACUUUGCGCCGUUAUUUUAUAUAUUUUCUGCAAUAACUUUUCAAAUGGUAAUUCAUGCUCAGUGCCUCCAGCUGUAAUGAAUCUGAAUUUGUAUUUAUUUUGUUUCUUAUUCGUCUUAAGGUAGCUCUCUUCUCCAGCUAUAAAAAGCAGCAGACUUUUUAAUGGAAUGAGCAAACUUCCUAAUUGGUUGAUUUUAUAGCAAAGGCUUGGAUAACAUUUCCUACAGUUCUUAAAAUUGUUGUUCUUUUCUGUAUCUGAUGUCCUGUGUGCUAUUAGUGAUGCAGCCAUUGGGGUUAUCUUGUGUUGCACACCUUUCCAACACUGCGAAAACGAUCGCCCCACGGAAAAGCGCCCAUGCUUGAUAUCGUAUGGUUCAUGACCAAUAUGUUUCCAGUACAGGGAAAAUCCCAGAAGAGGCCAAAGCUUUGUCACUUUUGGCACCUGCCACCCCAGUACCCAGUCUGAUUCCUGGAGGGGGGCUGCUACCAAUUCCUACUCCAGCGCCGCUUCAGAAUCUGAACCUUCCCGUAGUGAAUCGGCUGUCGGCUGCUCUGGACCCCACAGCAUCAUUGCUCUCCCAGCCCCCCCUCAUGGGAAAUGUGGAUCCCUCAAAAGUCGAUGAGAUCAGGAGGACCGUUUACGUUGGCAACUUGAACUCACAGACCACCACUGCAGACCAACUGUUGGAGUUCUUCAAGCAAGUGGGAGAUGUGAAGUUUGUGCGAAUGGCUGGAGACGAGACUCAGCCGACACGCUUCGCCUUUGUAGAGUUUGUCGAGCAGGAUUCCGUCGUCAGAGCCCUGACCUUCAACGGAAUCAUGUUUGGAGACCGACCCCUGAAGGUUAAUCAUUCCAAUAACGCCAUAGUAAAACCCCCAGAGAUGACGCCGCAGGCUGCUGCUAAGGAGCUAGAAAGUGUGAUGAAGAGGGUGAGAGAGGCCCAGAAUACCAUUGCUGCUGCCAUAGAACCAGCGGACAUAAAGAAGCUUUCUUCCAGUCGGUCUAUAAGGUCACGGCGGUCACGCUCGCGGUCACGCUCCCGCUCACACUCGAGAACGCACAGGAAAAGGUCCCGUUCGAAACACAGACCGGCGCCAAAGUUGUGUCCGAGGACUGACUCCCACAAUUCCCGAAGCAGCCACAAGAGGCGUUCUCGCUCCAGAGACAAGAGACGCAGUCGCAGUCGCUCUAGGGCUCACAGGAGGAAGAGUAGGGAUCGGUCCUGGAGCCCUCGGAGGAAAGUCAGAUCACCGUCACCAAAAAGAGGUAAGAAAGACAAGAGGAGGGAGCGCAGCAGGGACAGAAAGGGCCGCUCUACAUCCAGAAAGAGGAGCCGCAAGGACGAGGACCGGCUAAAGAGCAGGGCCAAGCCAAUGAAGGUGCAAAGGGACUAUGACCGAGAAGAAAAGGAAGACUAUGUAAGUGACAGAGAAGACUCCGUCACACUCAGCGAGGACAUGAUGUCCUCACCCAGCACCCAGCAUAACGGCAGCUACAAGACUCACAAUGAGUAUGCAUCAAUGGGUGCAGACCGCACCAAGUGACUUUUACAUCACUAUGAAGAAAAAAAAACUAAUCCCGCUGCAUCAAAUGAUCUCAGUGCCCAUCACGUGCGUAUACACUCCUCAACACCAGAGCACCAUUCACAACAGCGUGUUUUUUCUCACCAUCACCUGAUUUCUACAGCACAUUCUUGGCAAGACAUGAAUCCUGUUAUUCAGCAAAUUUUCAGUAUCCCACUCAAAGGGCAAGUGAGCACUCGGUACGCCAGAGAUAGCCCCACCUUUCCUGCUACCAAGGAAGCUGAAGAUUUUGGGACUUGCAGAAGGUGCACGAUGUAAUGUAAAAUAACAAACACUAAAUACUACAGGCUCAGAAAAGACCAUAAAGUUGAGUCGACACCUCAUCAAUAACUUCCUCAACACAAGGCUGUCAUAUUGUCAUAUCACAAUAUGAUAUUGUGUCCACCUCGUGUAUGUGUUAAUUACAUAAAUAACUCUAUACUUGUUCUAUUCUUUCUGUACAGACCUUUUCAGCAGCCUGGCCCCUUGUUAUCUUCCUGUCAGUUGAUUUAUUUACAUAGACUGCAACCCGAAAAUCAACUUGGGGCCAUUUAGUUUGUUUUCAACUUUGGAAUGGUCUAUAGAUGCUAAAACUGUCACCUCCCCCAGCAGACAAAGACAAAAUGUGCACGCCUGAAGCAGCUGCAGAGCUUUUAAGUAACUCCUCGUAGUCCGUCACAUGAAAGAGCGGCCUCAGAGGAGACCGUUUCAGGCACAGAUCCCACAAGAAGAGCAGAGUUAAUACUCGUUAAAAUAUUUGAAGCCAGAUUUCAAUUACGGAUUGGUCCCUUGUUACAUGGAUAUUUCCUGAUGAAAAGGAGCACAUUUUGCUCUCCAUUCCUCCUGUGACAUCUUGACCACACACUUAAUUAGGCUUUUGAUCCAUCUAAGAUUAUCAGUAUUUGUCAUACUGUAGUAUGUAUGUAUGUAUGUAUGUAUGCCAUUUCCUUAAAAAAAAAAAUGCAGCAACAAUCUGCAUUAACAGUAAUACAAUGAAUCUUACAUUGUGCUUAUUCUCUCAUUUAUUAGAUGAGAUUGGAACUGCUUGAGAUUGGAAAGAUUUUCAGUGGUAGAGAGUUUUUAAAAUAUUUUUCCUUUAUGGCUGGUGUGUGAGAAUCGGUUGAAAAGUGGGGCUCUCAAAUGAAUCAGUAACAGUAACACACUAUGGUCGCAUCGCCAGACUGGUCUCCACAGCGCGAGGUCUGUGUGUGAGGCCUGGCUACCCCGCUUAUCUAUUCUGGGAUAGGGGAUAAAAACAUUCUGGCUUGUUUGUAUUUUAAAACAAUUACAACAGCGUGCAGCAACAGUGCCCUUGCGAAAUCAAUCCCUGAGGGGAGGGACGAGCUGGAUGACGCGCUUUAUCCCAGCACUAGUCAGACUAGUAACGCACAGGAAAAAGGAGGUUAGCUGCGGAGAAGUGGGGCAAUUUAACCUGCUCUAUAUGUGCAGUGUGCACAAAUGCAGGCACUCAAAGGCAAAACAAAGGCUGUCAGAUAAUGUAGAUUGCAACAUAUUUUUAAACUUUGCACACUUCUUCUUCAGACAGCAUUUAAUACAAAAUAUUACAGUUUUAACACAAUUACUGCAUUAAAUCCGUAUUAUUCUAUUCUAUUAUUCUGUAAUGUCCAACCACAACUGUCUUGAAGCCCCGAGUUGAAUCACCAGUUUCUCAUAUGACUUUUCAUUUAUCAUAUUGCCACUUUUUUCAGACUUUGCAGGUUUGCAUCAGUUCCAUUUGCAAAACAAACAAAAAUAGGAUUAUAGUAUGAGCCAGGCCAUUGUCAUGUUAGGUUCUGUAUUUAGAUUUGCUGAUCACUAACGCAACAAAAAACGGUACCAAUCAAAACAAGGUUCGCACCAACUAAACCAGAUACUUUUAUUGGGCCACCUGAAAUGUUUAAAAAAAAAAUUAGACCAUUUAAUUUCAUAUGUCAUUAUUGACACCUUGUGAGGUAAUAGAUAAGCUCGCCUCUCUCUGACUGCGGUCUCAUGGGGGUGUAACUGUUUUUCCUCUUUAUUCUGCUGCUCUGGCAUUGGUGUGGCCGUGACAGCAACUUCCCAUAUUCUGUUUGCUUGUUUACUGAGUGAGACAAAUAUUGACUACAUGUUUCUUCUAUGUGUAAGAACAUGAGGGUUAGAAUAAAAACACUUUUUUUAUAAAAAAUAAAUAAAAAAAGAAAAAGCUCAUUUGCCCUUUGUGUGGUGUUAAAGGGAGAUUUAACCAGGUCCUUGAUGAGUCCUUUGUUCCCCGUUCGGCACCAUUUUUUUUCUCCGUUAUGGGAACUGGGACGACCUGCAAAAUGUACGCUGUUGAUUUUAAGACUUGAAGUGCUGUAAUUAUGUGAAUGCACAGUGGUAUUUUACGGUUUCUGUGUUGCUAAUGUAUUGUUUUUAAAAGCUGCAUUGCUCAUUUGGUAAACAUUAAUACAUUGCUUUUGUUUUUUUGUCAUAUGGGUGUACAUGUUCUUGCAUUUUUAUAUUCCUGAUUAGUCGCAACAAUGUAUCAUGUUCCUUUUCCUGCUAUUGUUGUAAUGCUGUGAGAUAAAAAUUAACUGUUUUAUAGACAAAACAAGCCUAUACUGUAAAAAAAAAAAAAAAAAAAUGAUGGUGUGGAAAAUGUCUGUUGGCUCAUAUUGCUCAAGAAAGUAAGAUGCAAACAAUGUUCUGCCCACAGUGGCAGUCUACAUAAUGUCACAUGUCAACUAACUGCUUGCAAGCACAGAUGGGUAAAAAAAAGUGCCUAGACUAAGAUUGUACAGAGUAUUCUAAUAAAAUAUGGAGACUUAUUGACAGAUGCAACCCAAAUUUAUUGUUUAGGAUGUUAAAUAGCUAAAACUAAUGAAAUGUUCUAUUUAAGUAUUGUCAGCUUCCUUUAGCAAUUAAUAGAGUGGGUUAAACAUUCAUGCGACUUUUGUCGUUUAUUAGUAGUAUAUAAUUUGUUUUUCUGUCAUUUUUAGUGUUGCAGUUUCAGUUUGCUAUAUUGUGAUUGUGUCAAAAAUGUGUCUGCAAACCAGCCCCAGUUCGAGAUCGGUGUUUUUUUUAAAGUUUCUAGGAAAGCUUGUUAUAUGUUACUAUUAAGGAGAGUAAAUUUAAGGAGACUUAAAUUCCACUUCUAUGGCUUUUACAAACCUAAUUUAAAAGUUUUUUUUUUUUUUUUAUUUACACAAUGCUUCAGUUUGAAGUGGUGAACUCGUGAUAAAGUUUAGUACAGAAGCAUUUCCAACACGACUGACAGUAUAUAAAGAAUUUUAUUUUUUAUAUCCAUGUAUCCACUAUGUACGGUAAAUACUGUAGAAACUAUUCAUAGUUUGCUCCUGGGGGGGGUUAGGCACUCAAUAUCUGUGUUAGGGACUGGAUGUAAAGGUUUGGUAACACUGUUUUUGAAGAGCUUGGGUGUAUGUAUGUACGUUGUCCUUAGUUUGAAGAUACAUCUGAUCUGUUUCCAUAAACCACUCAUUAAAGACACUUUUCAUUUA